AUUAGAAAACAAGGGGAAAUAUUCCUUCAUAAUCGCGCGUAUCAAAAGUUUUCUUUCCUGAGGAAAUGCCGAUGCCGUUCAAUAUUUCAUUUCAUUUUAUGGUUGUGUGUGAGUAUCACGAAAAUCAUGUUGACUUUUAAGCUCUACUACUUAUGGAUUAUAUAUUUCUAUGUAACUUUCCUCAAUGGAUUACUAGGAUCCUCGCCAUCAUUUGUGUGUAAAGAAGCUCAGCAGUCGUCUACCAACGGAUCCUUUAAUGCCAAUCUUGGAUGCGAUGAAGACAUUAAUACCUUCUCUCUGACCAAUGAUAGGAUUAACCAGUCGUGGUCUGUUGAACUGGAAAACACUGAUAUCAUUAAAUAUUUCUUUGUCAUCGUUGGUACUGCGGAAUAUCAAAUGUAUGUUGUACAUAGUGAUGGUAUACAGUCUUCGAAGCAUAUGUGUAUACCAGAAGGAAGUAAUCGAAAAUCAUAUCAACAAUUGAUGACAUGUGAAUAUCCUAAUGUUGUCACUGGGAAGGGGAAUAGAAUUAUUAUUCGUCAAAUAGGAAAUGGACCAUUGAAACUAUUUGAAGUUAAACCUUUCGGAUUUUCUCCUUUAAGUAAAACAAUGAUACUAAAUCAUACGGAUUUUUUGGAACCAAUUUCCAAAGCCUUAGAUGGGGACAUAGUCACAUAUUACAAUUCAAACGAAGAUGACCAGGCAUCUUGGUUCCUGAAACUGGAUAAAAACUAUCUGAUGAAAUGGAUACUCGUAUCAAUCAGAGGAGGGAAUUAUGACGUAUACGUUAAAGAUGGUGGCCAAACAACCAAUCCGUCCAAAUUGUGUCGGAAUUUCAGUUUUACUGCACCAAAUUACUUAAAGAGAAACAACAAAGCUUUGGAAUGCUACAGAGAAAUGACAGGGGAUACAAUUGUAAUAAAACGAAGAGAUGAUACAUCAAUGAGGAUUUUUGAGGUGUACCCCAUAAUUUGUCCUGAAAACCACUACGGACCAGACUGCGCUAAAUGCAAAGCAGAGUGUAUAUCCUGUAGUCCUAUAACUGGUGUAUGUUACCAAUGUCAUGGGCCGUUCUACGGGGAUUUCUGUCAGCACACAUGCCCAGCAAACUGUUUGAACUCGAUGUGUGACCAGGGGACAGGUAUAUGUGAAAAUUGGAAAACAGAAAUGGUUACACACCAAUCAGCGUCUGGCGAAGACACAACUAUUACUCAGGAGAUGGACGUCAUACAAGAUUGGAAAAAGCAAAUUACUACACACAACAUCGCCUCUGAUGAAGAGACAUAUAUUACUAAGGGAAUUGACGUGAGACAAGAUGUUGGGUCCAACAGUGGAGAUCAGACUCGAUCCAUCAUUUUACUAUCUGUUCUCGUGGUGUUGGCUGUGUUUUUGGUCUUUACUGUGGUUUUCUUCUUUAAAAAAGGAGCGAAAACACAAAAAGUAAAAACAAAUGAGGAAAAUGUCUUUUCCGUGGAAUUCCAUCGAGUAGAAUCAAGAACUGAAUCCGAACUAGAGGAGAUUCCCCAGAACGAGGUUGGCGAUGUUGAGGAUGAAAUCAUCACCGUAGAGUACAGUAAUCUGACGUCACAAAGGGUCUCCGUUGAUCAGUUCAUCAGAGAAUUACCAGAAAAAAGAAGCAACGGAAUACUGGAGAAAGAAUUCGAUGAACUUCCUACUGGACUACUAGAGUCAUAUUCCAAUGCUCUGAAGGCUUCCAGCAGAAAAGGGAACCGAUACAAAGGAAUUUAUCCGUAUGAUUAUAAUCGCGUGAAAUUGAUGAGAACAUAUGCAAAUGAGAACGAUGACUUUGUCAAUGCAUCUUACAUACAUGGUUUCAACAAAGAGCGAGCGUACAUAGCCGCACAAGGUCCUUUUAAUCCGAAGACGUUAGAGGAUUUCUGGACGAUGAUCUGGCAGAAUGACGUCACAAGGAUCGUCAUGCUGACCAACCUGUACGAAGGAGACAGGAUGAAGUGUCUUAAGUACUGGCCGGACACGGAUCUGGACAUCGGUCAAUAUACCAUAAGACUGGACAAUGUGGAUGUGUACGACCACUACGUGCUGAGAUAUAUGGUUGUUCAUUGUCAGGAAGAGGAGAGGAAAGUGACCCAGUUUCACUUCACCACCUGGCCAGACAAUUCCAUUCCUGAUGAUCCGACGUCACUUAUUUACCUCCGUAGUCUGGUCAGAGAUGGGUUGAUCACAUCUGAUGGACCGAUAGUUGUUCAUUGCAGCGCUGGAAUUGGGAGAACUGGAACAUUCAUCUCAUUUGAUUACCUCCUUGAAGAGGGCGCUGCAGAACAGACAAUUGAUGUCAAGGGAUACAUUGCUUCUUUAAGACAGCAGCGCGGAGGAUCUGUGCAAACGACCAGUACAUCUUUCUUCAUGAGGCACUUGUGGAAGGAUUUUCAAACAGCAAUGUUCACCAUGGUUGUCUAUCUGUGUUGUAACAUCUGGGUGUACGAGAAAAAUAUAACCAACUUACACGCAAAUAGUUUGCUUCAUUUUCACAUAAGGAGACAUAAAUAUGACAAGAGUGUUUCGAUGUCACGUAACAGGAACAUAAGAAUACUAAAGUACACUUUAUUCCUCGUGCAUUGCUCAUUUGUACAUUCUAUGCAGAUUAUUGUUUCAUAGUAUGAUUUUUCUCAUGUCUGUUUAAAACAAAUCUCAUUCCUAAUAAGAUAUUUUAAUUUUUUUUCAUUUUACGAGA